AACUUCAAUACGAUCUUUACAUUCCCAGCACCCUGAUCCAUCAUGGUUCCCGUGGCCACAAGAUAGAGUCCCCCAUAAUCGUCUUCGUUCAUGGCGGCGGAUGGUAUUCUGGAGAUAAGGAAAACCAUAUCUCCAUGGCCUAUCGUUUUGCAAAUGCAACUUCCUUACCUGUCUGCGUUCCCAAUUAUCGACUUUCACCUGCCGUAAAGCAUCCCACCCAUACGAACGACGUCCAAGCCGCAUUGAAUCACCUCCUUUCUAAAGCGCACGACCUAAGGCAGGGUUCUUUUUACUCCUCUCCUGACGCUGGUCGGCAACCUCCACCCACUGCCACUGCCCGGCACAUCAGAUUCACAUCGCUACACCUCAUAGGCCACAGCGCUGGUGCACACAUCCUCGGAUCACUCUUCCUCUCUCCACCUCCACUGGCAGACGGCGUCUCUCCCCCUUCUCCUUGCUACGCGUGCUCCAUCUCAACUCUGCCAUGGCGUAAAAACCCAUCUCCAUCCCUCGUCCGACAUGUCAGAAGUAUUAUCUGUCUUGCUGGUGUGUACAACUUGGAUCUCCUGUUACGCUCUUUCCCACAGGAAUCGUGUCGCCUUAUGAUGAUUGAUGGUUUUGGUGAUCGGGAUCAUUAUGUGGAUGUUGACCUAACCACAUAUAAUCGUCUUUCAUCAUCUUCCUCCCUACUGGUCCCGGAGGAGUGUAAAAGAGUCAUUGAUAAUGGAAUACGCUGGGUGAUCGUUCACUCGCAGGGCGAUUCACUGGUGGACAUGCUUCAGCCUGAGGCGUUCUAUAAACGCUUGAUGGAGCUUUAUCCGAAUCCAAAUUCUAAGGAGAGCAGGGCCGAAGUUGCGUAUGCAGCAAAAAACCAUAAUGACGGAAAGGCCAAAGAUGGGAGCAGCAGGAAUAGCACCGUGUUACUGGAUGUGACCACGCUGACGGAGGAGCACAGUGCUUUAUUGGAGACCGAGCAGUUGGCGGGCUUGGUGAAGGAUAUCGUCCUCGAUGGACGAUAAUGUCUGCAUUCAUUUGAUCCACUCAAUCUUUUUUAACUGAAGAAAGGAAAGGGAAUCGGAAUACUCAUAAUGCUGCACAAGUGUCAAAUUCCAGGGAUUUCUGGUGCAGCCCCUAGUACAACAUAAUAGAUAUCUAUGUAAUACGUAAAUAAUAUAGAUAAAUUAUAACCAGCCUGACGUGAGGCAGGAUCUGAAC